CAAGUUUUGCACCAAAAGGUAUAUAUGACAAUCACUGUUAAUCAUUUAUAAUUGCCUUCCUUUGUGGCAUUAUUACCUACAGAAUCACAUGUUGUGUUUCUAUUUGUAGUUCAGAACAAAUGGCUGCCUCUAUUCUUAAUGUGUCUUCAAGUGUGUACCACUUUAUUUAAAGAAAAGGGGACUGGGGCGUACAAGAGACACAAACUACAGACAAUGUGCAGGAGGAGGAGGAGGAGAUGGAGUGAAGACAGCUAGGAGUCUCACAAGACAGUGUGUUCCAACAGGAUGGCUGGCAGACUCCUCACAAGAAGACUCCUCUCCUUAUUUGACUAUAAGACUGAAAAAUAUGUCAUCGCCAAAAAUAAGAAGGUUGGGAUUUUAUACAGAGUUCUGCAGUUAACUAUCAUCGGUUACAUUAUAGGGUGGGUCUUUGUAACCAAGAAAGGCUACCAGGACACAGACGAGGCCAUUCAGAGUUCUGUCAUAACAAAACUAAAGGGAGUCUCUGUGACAAACAACACUGAGUCUGGUCUGUUAGUGUGGGGGCCGGAGGACUACGUCAUCCCACCACAGGGUGAAGCUGUUCUUUUUGUUGUUACCAACUUUUUAGAGACACCAAACCAGAAGCUGACCUAUUGCGCUGAGAGCCCAAAGGUUCUGGAUGGCCACUGUGCAGGUGACAGUGACUGUGAGGAGGGAAUGACAGUAGAUGCUGGCCACGGAGUCAUGACUGGCCGAUGCUUAAGAAUGGAUGGAAACUCCAUGGGUACAUGCGAAAUCUAUGGAUGGUGUCCCGUUGAAAGAAUGUUUAAACCACAAUGGCCUUUGCUGACAAAUGCUGAAAACUUCACCAUCUAUAUCAAGAAUUUCAUCCAGUUUCCCAAAUUCUCAUUUUCAAAGUCCAAUGUUCUUGAAACAACUGAUGACACCUAUUUAAAGAACUGUCGCUACGAUGAGCAGCUCUCCCGCUACUGCCCCAUCUUUCGCCUGGGAGACAUCGCCAAGCGAGCUGGACACAACUUCCAGGACAUGGCAACAUUAGGCGGCUCCAUUGCCAUAAUGAUAGACUGGGACUGUGACCUGGACAAAGGCUACUCUAACUGCCAUCCGAAGUAUCACUUCACUCGGCUGGACAUCAAUGUCUCCAACAAGACCAUUGCAUCUGGAUUUAACUUCAGACACACUCGGUAUUACAAAAAUGCUGUCGGUGAGACUUAUCGAUCUCUAUUCAAAGUCUAUGGUGUGGUAUUUAACAUCAUGGUACAUGGAAAGGCUGGAAUGUUCAGCAUUAUCCCAACAGUCAUCAAUUUAGGUGCAGGACUUGCUUUGAUGGGUGCUGGAGCUUUCUUCUGUGACAUGGUCCUCCUUUACUUAAUGAAGAAGAGAACUUUUUAUCGUGAGAGGAAAUAUGAAGCAUCGAGGUAAUGAUAACCAACACUCAAGUACAGCUGUAAUCAUAUUUUAUCUUUUUCUUU